AAUUUUCAUUCAUGGAAACUCGGGGUUUAUGUUGGAUGAACCUUGAGGCUUGAAACUAUAUGGGAAAGGACAUGGAGGAGCAGGGACCAAGAGAGCACCUUCAAGCAUCAUGGAUUGCUACCUCCUCCAUCUCAAACUCAACACAUCUUCUGCAACAAAUGAUCUUUAACAACAUAACUCCGAAGCUAUACACAUCUACCUUCACCGUGACAGGGGUACUCCUGAACCAUUUCGGCACCACAUACCCUUUCGUCCCCCUGAUGCCAGUCAGCGAAGUUGUUGAGACAAAUCGGCAACCAGCUCCUCUUCCUCCAAAUGCUACUCUUGCUCAAAUUAAGAGACACUUAGAGAAGGUGGCAAAGAGAUACAAAGCCUUGACCUGUCUUCACUCAGUAGUGACUAAUGAAAUGUUCAACAGAAUCAUGACCUUCAAUGCUUUGCAAGUCGUGGAGCAAAGAAAGGCUUUGAGGCUUGAAAACAAUGUUGAAGGAGCAUACUUGGCAACUGACAAAGAUAAAGCUGUAGCCAAAGAUGAUGAAAAUAAGCAGCUCGGUGAUCAAAGAAACCAAGGAAAGGAAGAAGAUGAAUCUGGUUUAAAAAUGUUCACUGUUAGAAUGAAUGAAAAGAGUUUUCCUAUUCUAUGGAUGCAAAUUGAAAUUACUCCGAAGGCUAGUGUUGUUAAUGUGAGCAAAAGUGACGAAUUUGAUGAAAGUGCAACCUGGAACUGGGAAAGUUCAAAAAUUGUUGCUGCAGAUCAGGUUCUUGUAGCAAAUGAUGAACCAAUAUUUGAUUUUGGGAACGAUGAAUUUGAGCAAGAGAAUGACAAUGAAUCUAAUGAUGUUUUUGCUAUUAAAGGGACUAGAACACAAGCUGACAUCUAUGAAAGGUUCGAGCUACUGAGAGAACAACUUGGAAUGUGCAGCCUUGAUGUCAAGGAAGACUGAUGGAAGUUACGUGAAGUAGCUUAGGUGGCAAUAGCAGUAUAUCAGUGCCACCAAGCUGCCCAAGUUCAGUUUGGUUAAACUGAAACUAGCCAAACUCUUUUGUGUCCUUUCUAGUCAUACUUUUAGUUGGAGCCAUGUGAUGAUGUGUAUUAUCUUGAUGAUACAAUAUUGUUGUAAAAGAGCUCCUUAACUUGAAUUUUUUGAAUUUCAAAAUUUAAAUUGUCUAAUGUACAAAUAAUACUGGAAAACUGAAAUGAAAAUUUGAUUUCAGC